AAAAUGGCAGCGACCUUGUGUUGCAGGCUUCUCCCGAAAGCGGGAUGGGUUCCAUUAACCCAGAGUGUUCGUCACGGCUCCAAAGCUGUCACCCGGCACAAAAAGCCAGUUCACUUUCAGAAGCAGAAGCUGCUGGCAGUAACCGAGUACAUUCCUCCCACACUGUCCGCUCCUCCUGCUGCUCUCGCUCCACGAGUCAAAAAAACUGGAGAGGAAAGCUCUCUGGCAGUUAUGUUAAGGAAAGACUUAGAAAACUUGUUUCAAGAGUACAAGAUGAUUGCUGUAGCCCAAAACAAUGCCAUCUCUGCAGAGGAUAUGAUCCAUUUGAAACACAGACUGAAAAAACAUGCAAUCAAUGUCAAGUUCUUUCCAAACCAGGUGACAAGAUCCUUCCUCAACAGCAGCAUUUACGGUAACAUGUCACCUCUAAUUUUUGGCGAGACUGUCCUGUUAGCUAGUAAAGAGCCAAAAGUUAAAGAGAUGCUGCAGGCAUUGAGGCACAAUCCACAAAUUGUGCUGUUAGGUGCUUGUAUAGAGAACACAUUGUUCUCGUAUCAAGGCAUUCUCAGUUACUCCAAACUCCCAUCUAUUGCCAUCAUCCGGGGUGAACUAGUUAGUGGUCUAACCAUGAUGACCUCAAAGACUGUCUCAAUGCUACAUCACCAUCCAGCUCAUCUUUCUGCCCUCCUUCAGCAGUAUGUCAAACAGCAGAGCUCUGCUGACACAGAUAAAGAUGCUUCAAUACAGGAAGCCGCAGCUUGAGUUUUAAAUAUAGACAUGGACGAGCAGCUCUGUAUGAUCAUGUGCAUGUAAUAAAAUUAUAGUAUUUAAA